CACAUCUCUACAUAUUUGAUCUCUUUUUGAAUGUUGAUACUUGGGGACUCUGACCUAGAUUUGUUUGAUGUGGAUCCAUUCGACCGUCUGAAGUCUAGUCGUGUCAGCAUAUCGGACAUCGGAGCAUCUGCAUGUCCCGGCCAGACCAAGGCAAAUGCAUCACCGAAAACUUUGACUUCUUCAUAGCCCUUGGGCACGAGAAAAGAAUUAGCUAUAGAAAGAUAUGCCGAAUACUGAUCCUUCGGGGUCUUCGUCGACAAGUUCUGGGAAGCUGAGUGCGGCCAACAUAUCACGAAAGCUCAACAUAAACUCAGAAAAGGACUGUUUUGAUCUCCUGUUUCAAGAGAUUACAGCUUUGCCAGAGCGUGAACCAUUGGCAUCAAGCUCAGUACCUUCGAUGGCUUCUCAACUGUCACUCCUAUCGCAGAGAAGUUCAGCAACAGAUAGUACAACAAGAACCAAUGUCUGGAUAGCAAAGACCGUACGGGCAGCCAUGUCUGAUGCCAUUUCCAAGCCAUAAACAUCAGCAGGGACCAAGACGAUCGAUCUGUCGAUAUCUACAGUACAGUUCGUUGGUUAGUUGAAAAGGUGUGGCUUCAUGCUAGUAUCAACCACGAAAGAUCUCGACAGAACAACUUGGUUGCAGCAAUUGCUUCACUGGUCGGGGAAUUUCAGCUUGGCCGCCGCUUUACCAGCGCGCACGGAUAACACCAUGCGGCUCGUUCCGCAUAACUUUAAUGGACUGCAUAUUGAGUGAAUCGCAAGCACUGAUUUCACUGUCAAAUGUCAAUGGAAAGGGAACAUGGUUAUAAUUGUUAUUUAGAAUAUGACCAAGACAAAAGAAAUGAUUCGAUACCGAGUCGAUGAAAUAGUUUCGGCCAAUUUGUCUUGUCUACCCCCACGUGGUUACCCACCACCCUCACCUCAUCUCAUUCCCGUCUCCAACCACAAGGACAAGCCUAGCCUUUUUAUGACCCUCCUUCAGGUCAGCUCUAUAACGCCACAACAACCUUGAUUAUGGCCG